ACCGGACAUCAAGGCGCACAAGAAUGUGCAAGCAAACGGGGAAUCCCCACUACAGUCUAUAAGUAAACGCGAAGGCAACUAUAUCACAUUCAUUAUUUGAACGCGACAGAUACCAACAUCAUGGGUAACAUUUCAUGCUGGCCAAGACCCCGAUAUCAGAAACUGUUCAACACAAACAACCACAUUGCCUCCCAGUAUGAACACCAGUUGGCACAUGGAGGGCAAACACCAUGGAGCCACGCACUUGCUGUAACUGAAGACCAACUGGAUACACCUGUAUCUGCACGAGAACUCAGUCGUGUUGGAAGCCACAUUGGUAUAGGAUACGAGUCUGUCGGGAUCGAGCUGGGACUUACUUUCGUUAAAAUGGAGCAAAUCAAAGUUGCACACCCACGUUCACUGUAUAUGCAGGUUGUACACAUGCUGACCAAGUGGAAGGAGAAGAACGGCAGAUCCGCCACUGGCCUGGUCCUCGUCAGAGCAUUGUGGAGAUGCAAUGACAGAUGUACGAUGGAGUGGGAAGACAUUCUCAACAUUCUUCAGUACUAGACGUCUUAUUCUUCAUAGCCAAGCAACUUGGUAUCUUUUCAAGAAGAAACUAUCCACUUUGAAAUUUACUCAGAUUACUGGACAUGAUGCCCUAACGUGGAAUCACGACUUAACUAAACACCGUUUUCAUUACUUGUGCUCUUGAGGAACUCUCACGUAUUUGUACUAGUGACUCACUGCUCAACCCAUAUAAAGUAAGUGUAUGCAUUCAGUAUAAAAUGCAUGUUUCACAUGUCUCUAGUAGAAUUUAUAUUGAACCUAAGGCACGAUUCUGUCUUUAUUGCCAUGUAUAUUUCGUGUUAUAUGUUAUGUAUUGUAUUGUGUAGUUCUAUUUUUUAUUGCAUUGCACUGUGCUAGAUUUCAUGCAUGUUAUUGUAUUGUGGUAUGUGGUGUGUUGGAUUGUGCUGUGUGUGGUGUACCAGCGGUGUGUACCAGUCAACGAUCAGCACCCAGUAAUUGAUUAUACAAAUUAAUGGUUUGAGAGAGUGUCAAAGAAACAGCGCAGUCUGGUGCCAAAUGAUAUCGGGAUGUGGAUUGAGUCGGUUGGAAUCGAACUUGGACUCAAUGUCAUUGUCAUCGAACAAUACAAAGUUUCACAUCCACAUUCACUUUAUUUGUAGACCUUCUUCAUGCUUACUAAGUGAAAAAGUGGCCGUACCUUUGAAGUAGAGGACAUACUAACCAUUCUACAGUCACCAUGGGCUUUGUGUUGUCACAUGUAGUUGGGCUAGAGCAACAGUGUGGUCUCACAGCUCAAUUGCAAUGAUCAUGUUCAUAUCAUUCAUGUCUGAUGCCUACUUAUGUUUCAAGAAUAAAUAUUGUUGUUUCAACUAUAA